UCUUUUCUGGUUGUAAAUAAUCAACUCGGUUGAUUUCUAGAAGCUGCAGCUGGUGACUCUCCACCCCCAACCCUCCCGGGUCACCCCACCAGUGACAACACAGGUAGUGGUGGCCUGGCUUCCUUUCUGGUGUUUUUACUGGGUGAUUGCCUGCUCAGAACACGUAGGAGCCUUGCCCUCAUCCAAGCCAGUCCUCUCCCCAGACACAGAGCUGGAGGCGCUGCCUUCUCCUGGAGCCCUUCACUAAGCGAGCGUGCAUCUGACCCACCAUGGUCCCCACAGAAUCCACAAGCCUUAUCCCUAAUCUGUCUGACGACUACAACUAUGGCUCCAUGCCUUCCACGGAUGACUACCUGAACUUCAACUUCACUGAACUCUUCUGUAGGAAGAACAAUGUCAGGCAGUUUGCGAGCCACUUCCUGCCACCCUUGUACUGGCUUGUGUUCAUUGUGGGUGCUGUGGGCAACAGCCUGGUCAUCCUUGUCUACUGGUACUGUACCAGAGUGAAGACCAUGACCGACAUGUUCCUUCUGAAUCUGGCAAUUGCUGACCUUCUCUUUCUUGUCACUCUUCCCUUCUGGGCCAUUGCCGCUGCUGACCAAUGGAAAUUCCAGACCUUCAUGUGCAAAGUGGUCAACAGCAUGUACAAGAUGAACUUCUACAGCUGUAUGCUGCUGAUCAUGUGCAUCAGUGUGGACAGGUACAUCGCCAUUGCUCAGGCCACGAAAGCACAGACCUGGAGGCAGAAAAGACUUCUGUACAGCAAAAUGGUUUGCUUCAUUGUCUGGGCACUGGCACUCACACUCUGCAUCCCAGAAAUCCUGUACAGUCAAAUCAAGGAGAAAUCUGACGCCACCAUCUGCACCAUGGUGUACCCUAGUGAUGAGAGUACCAAACUGAAGUCGGCAGUCUUGACCCUGAAGGUCAUCCUGGGGUUCUUCCUUCCCUUUGUGGUCAUGGCUUGCUGCUACACCAUCGUCAUUCAUACUCUGAUACAAGCCAAGAAGUCGUCCAAGCACAAGGCCUUGAAGGUGACCACCACGGUCCUUACUGUCUUUGUCUUAUCUCAGUUCCCCUACAACUGUGUUCUCUUGGUGCAGACCACUGAUGCCUACUCCCCGUUCAUUUCCAGCUGUGCCAUUUCCACCAACAUUGACAUCUGCCUCCAGGUCACUCAAACUAUUGCCUUUUUCCACAGUUGCCUGAACCCUGUUCUCUACGUUUUUGUGGGUGAGAGAUUCCGUCGGGAUCUUGUGAAAACCCUGAAGAACUUGGGCUGCAUCAGCCAGGCUCAGUGGGUCUCCUUCACAAGGAGAGAGGGAAGCCUGAAGCUGUCAUCUACAUUGCUGGAUACAACCUCAGGAGCUCUCUCCUUCUGAGGGACCUUCUCUCAGAGGUGAUUGGUUCUUUGAAAGUAACAAGAAAUAUAGUUUCUUGUUACUGAUGAGACUGAGGAAACCAAAGAAGAAAAAGGAAGUGAGGGGGAAAUCAAAACUCAGAAAGGGACAAAUCUGAACAUUAUUACUUUUACUCAAAACUUGCCAAGCCAGAGUUCUCAAAAUUGACUUGCCAUCCCAGGAGACUGUUGAUGGGCUUUUAGCAGAAAUAGUUGCAAUUUUCAAAGGAGGACUAAGAAAGAGCACUUCAGACCACCCUGGCUUUGCCUCUAGCCCAGCAUGAACGCAGCCACCCCUGGAGCAGGUAUUUGAUUUUUUCAGGCCACUGUAAAUUGCUGUGCCUUUAGUUCUGAGGCCACCCCUUCCAGAGGGGCACACAGAAUCAUAGUCCACAGAAGCACAGUUUCAUGAAAACUUCCAUCUUUGCAGAUUCCUACCCUGGUUUUUUGGCCUGAUACUCAUACCAGGUCUUAUGGAUUCUUGAUCUAGAAUCUUUCCAAACCACUUCAGAUCUAAUUCUCUUCUGAUCUCUUUGAUCUGUUCUGGGCCAGUGAGGGUCCUUAUUCUUGUUUUCAGGAACAAAACGUAUUUGCAGGACAGGUCAGUGAGUCCCAGGCCAUACCAGCAAGUCAUCCAGGUUCUGUUGGCUUCCAACCCACUUCUAUGUCCUGCUGGAGGUUCUGAGUCAGCACCUGGCCGCGGGUGGAUCUGGGUAAGGAUUCCGUUGGUCCGCUGGCAUCGUGGAGUCGGUGCUCUCAGCCUGUGCGGGGAAGCAGCUGAGCCGGCAGAACCACCCCCGGCUCCAUCAGGGUCUUGUUCUGCAGUAGCUUUCAUCACAGUGAGCUCUGUCUGCUCCCUGUAAAAUGGGUGGGUCCUAUCGGCCUUCUUGUUUCUGAGGUCACCGGAAGGAUAUUUGCCUCCAUGCUUCUCCUUUUCUCACUGUUUAGUGCUAACAUGUUAAAAAGGCUUCAUUAGGCUGAAAAAAAUGUAAUAUAAUUUGCUUUUGCAUUCUGUCUUUUAACUAGUUGACACAUUUGUCUAUUUGAAAACAUUUUAUAUAUUGGAAAAGUACUUCUGAAUGACCAUUUAAAAAUAUCCAUUAUCGGUCACUUUCUUUGCUAUCUCCAUAUUUUAAAUGUGUGCAAGUAAGAUCAAAUUGUCAGGUUUGAGUAUGAAUCAUAGGAGACUGGGAUAAGAAAUAAAACCUUAAAACCAUCUUGGCUGACCAGUUUUUAAUCUCUCUUCUGGUCAAACUUGUUUCCCAAGUUUUUCCCAGUUAGUUCGGUGGAACUUCCAAGGAGUUCUAUUAGAGCAUUACCAGAAGCCACCCAGCUUUGCCACGUGCUUUGGAGGAAGCAUUUGAUUUUCCCACCAUGUUAUGAAUUUCCGUGGAUUCAGUUCCAAGUCAUUGUUUCCAAAGGGGACACAAAAGGACUGGACUAUGCCACAUUAUCCUCCUCCCUGCACACUUCUAAUGUGUCAGUGAGGAACAAAGUGAGCAGAAAACAGGCAGCAACAGGGAGAGGAGGGGCUGCCACAGGGCCGCCCCCACACUUCCCACAUGAGCGCGGUGGUGCAUAGGCAUUGGCGUGGGGCCAGCACAGCACAUGCCCCCCAGUACAAGCACAGAUUAUGGUCAAGGGGAGGAUGACUUCCCCAAAGCCUGUCUAUGGACAGAGCCAUCCAUAUGGCUACCGCCUCCGGGAGAACCACGUAUCUUCUGAGGAACUUGAAAGAAUAAGCAAUAAGCAUGGGCCAAAUCUGAAUAAGACUGUGCAGUUAGGUUAAAGGGGCACAGCUGAGUCUGACAUCUCCAUUCGCACCCUUUUGAUACUGUGGUUCUGAUACUGUAUGCCAUGGGGGUCCCAGUGGAGCGGAGAGUUACUCAAGGAGCACGAUGGUGGAGACUGAGUGGGAGAUCAGAGGGAAAUAAGACUUUGUCCAAUUCACAUUAGUUGUGAAAAAAAAAAAAUUGCCAGGGGCUCCACCAUUCCCCGCUCUGAUUAUUAAGAAAGGAGAUGUAGGAACACCAGGAGAACUACAAAACCUGCAUUGCACCCUAACUCACAGUGAUCACACCCACUUCUGAGGACUUCCUUCAGGACCUGAGUGGCACUGUUGGGCUAUCCUGGUUCUAGCACAGCUUCAGAGUAAAGGCAUCCUGCAACUGUAUUAUAUUUUAAAGAUUUUAAGUAUCCUUUGUUGGCAAAUUGCCUUAGUAUUUUUUAAAUAAUUUAAUUGAAGUACAGUUGACACACAGUAUUAGUUUCAGGUGUAAAACAGUGAUAUGACAUUUAUAUGCAUUGCAUAAUGCUACCACAUUAAGUGUAGUAACCAUCUGUCACGAAACAAAUAUUGUGAUAUAUUCCCUAUGCUAUACUUUUCAUCCUAUCUUAGUUUUUAAAUGAUUACAUAAAUAGGACCAUUUGACACUGAAAUUAAAUUAGGUUUUAGUAGCAAAUUUAUCCUAAGAUAAGAACACUGGAAGAGUCAAUAGGAGGAAAUCCAUGAGGAAGUAGUGAUCCCCUCGACAUUUCUAGAAAAUAUGCUGUGUGAGUACUUUUAGAAAUAGUGAUAAAAGGUUAUAAUAUAUAAUCAUAUUUUAUUGGAACUCUAUAAGUCAGAAAAAUCACGAAACAGAAUGAAAUAUGAUGAUUUUCAUUAUCAAAAAAGAAAUGGGAUUUUUUUUUUACUAAAAUUUUUUAAAAAUGAAUUUUAAGCCAACAUACCACAAUAUGUAUAUUUAAAUGGAGAUUGUUGUUUUGAAGUAGCCAUCUUGGACAACUAGAGACUUGUGCUUUAUGGGCUUUCAGGCCUGCAGAAUACCAUUCAUUCAGCAAAUAUUUGUGUAUAUACUGUGAGCCACGCAGUGCAUACCCAUUUCUAUUCACUGAGGUUCUAAUGGGACACAAUAUUCCUUCCUCUCAAGAUGCUUGCAUUCUAGAAAUAUGGUCAAGUGCCACAUGGAAUCAGAUAUGCAAGGAUGGAAUGGAAAGCUCUUUCAGGUGACACCCCUGGGCUGAGAAUUGCAAGGCAUCUUUCUAUGGCUUAUAAACUGGUUUGCAGACAGUCCCCAGGACAAGCUGCACAUGGCAGCCUUUAGGGUGAGUCCUUGGACAAGCAGCUAAGUGUGUGCUCUUGAUCUGCUGUGUGUGUGAAAUUCAUUGACUCUGACCCCCACAUUGUAUGUAGUAGAUGCAAUAUGUUGAACCAAUAAACUUGUUAAAAUUUUAAA